UCUGCCAUCGUGCAGGUCCGUGCGGAGUUCGAAAAGAAAACAGCAGAACUCCAGACCGACUUGUCUGAAGCUAUGCGGUACCGGUGCCUAUCGCAAGGCUUGCCUCGUAACACCAUCUUCUGUGAACAUGUCUUCCUCUGACGUACCAGAGAAUUCAAUUCAGAAGAAACCUGCCGAAGGGGAAACCCAAUCCGACAAUGAUGAGCGUCCUGAGGUCGAGAAUUCGACCGACUCCUCAUCUCGCAGAGGAAGAAAAGCUAGUGGAGGACUGAUGGACAUGAGAACACAAGAAGAUUCAGUUAAAUCUAUGCCUUCGAUCCAUGCAGCACAGGAUGCAAACAAUGAAAACUCGCACGGACCGCCCGAUGAAACUCAAGGCAACGCAGAGACACUGGAUGAUACUGCCACUGAUUCUCAAUCUCUGGCCCUAGAUGAGAAUUCCCCAGCUUUUUCCCUGCCCCGAUGGCGCAAGUUACUUUGCAGUGUAUUUGGCAUGCAGCAACGUGUACCACAGGCUGGAGGGAAUAACAUGUUCGAUUAUGAGCAAAGAUUUCCCGAAGACAAGCAGUACGAGGAGCUGGGUCCAAUUGCCCGGGUAUGGAUGACAUACCUCGAAGAAUGUGCUAGAUUUGACACUGAGAUGGCGGAAGGAUGGAGGGACGGAUUGGAUGUUUUGCUUGUUUUUGCUGGUCUUUUCUCUGCCGUGGUCACCACGUUUGUCGCACAGACGUCGCAGAACCUUCAAGUCGACUAUGGUCAAGUCACCGCAUCGCUGCUGUUUGAGCUCAUCGACGUCCAGCAUGCAGCCGCCAAUGGUUCCCUCGUGAACGACGUUCCUCGUUCAGACCUCACUCCAUUCUCAAACUUUCGUCCUACAAUUUCCGAUUUGUUGGUCAACGGACUGUGGUUCACCAGUCUCUCAUUCAGUCUGACUACCGCACUCUUCGCUGUCCUGACCAAACAAUGGAUCCAUCAAUACAUGGCAGUUCCAUCAGGCACGCCUCGAGAUAGAUGCCGUGUCCGUCAAUUCCAAUACAUGGGACUAGAGCAGUGGGGGGUGGGUGUCAUUAUUGGACUACUACCGGUCCUGAUGAGCGCGUCGCUUUUCGUCUUUCUAAUGGGUCUAGUUGUUUUUCUAGCCCCGCUACAAGUGUCGAUUGCAUCUGUCAUUGGGGCUAUCACAUUCAUAUCGUUUGCUGUAUAUCUCGUCACCAACUUCCUUCCCAUCAUAUACCCCUCGUGCCCAUACAAGACACCGUUGUCACAAUACAUUUUCCCUCUGUAUUCCUGUUAG